GCGAAAACCCCAACUUCAGGACGAGAGGAGUAAAGGUUUAAGGGCAUAGAGGAAGAAGAGAAAAGGGACUCCUCUGAAACUGCGUUUCGAAAUUCGCAUUCAUUCGAAACGCCAUUACCUAUGCUUGAGUGUCUGUUGAAGCUCGAAGAUAAUGGAGGGCGUGAGGCUUCGUCUGGUUUUCGACGACCGUCAACUGCUAAGCAAGUCACAGAAGAAUGAGGGACUAAAACGAAGCUGGAUUCUCCUCCAGCCAAACCACCACACCAUCUCCGACCUUUCUGAUUAUAUCCUCCAUGUUUUUGACCUCGAUGAAGCUUGUCCAAAUGGCCUCGUUCUUUCGAUUGAAGGCUUUGCAUUACCACCGUUUGAGUCUACAUGCAUUUUGAAGGAAGAAGAUGUUAUUAGUAUAAAAAAGAAACGGGUUUUGUCUACUGAUAUCCAAAGAGUUCGUGAUGGAGAGAAGUCUCUAGUGGUUGAAGAAGUAGUGGUGAAGCAACCCUUGCGUACGGGCGGCAUGAAGCUUUUAGCUAAUGAGGAGUUUGAAAGGGAGAGUGGAGGUUACCGCAGUGAAGCUGAAGAAGAUGAACCUGACACGUUGGAAGAUAAAUUACCUGUAGAUGAUACCCCAAAGAAGAAAGCAGUCUCCAAGAAAAGGAAAGCUUCAAAGAAACUUAAGAGGUCAAAUGACAGAAGGAAGAGACAUAAACUUGUGAAUGUAGAAGAUGUUCCAAGUGAUGUGCAGCCUGAGGAGAAUGAAAGUUCUCAGCAAGAUAGUCUUCCGGAGAAGAGUCCUGUCAAGAAAGACAAGUCAUCUGAUAUGGACAGUGAAUCUGAUGAUUCAAGUACCCAAAAAAUUGAUGAAAAGGCUGAUAGCAUCAUGGAAUUUACUCCAAGCAAACCAAGUUCCUGUCAGGCUCAGCCACUAGAGAAUGGCAAGCAAAGUGUGGCUUCCUCUCAUACGCUGAAUGGAGUUCAAAAGUUACCUAGUAGAAGUACUCGGCGUAAAAGGGCCAAAAGACAGCGGUUGAGAGAACAAGCGAAGGCCAGAGAAAAUGAGCUACAUCAGGCACAAGUACUUAAAGCAGAUAAUCAGCAAACAUCAAGUUUGCAUUCACAUCAAGCACAAGUACACCAAACAAAUAACCAGCAGUCAUCUAGCAAAGAUAAUGGCCGAAAUUCCAAAGAACAUCAACGUGAGAAAUGUAAUGAUGAAGAGGAUAACGUAGUCCCCAUUGUGGUGAGGCCAGGACACAUUCGCUUUGAGCCCUUUGGAAAAGAGGAUGGAGAUCAAGCUAUUCCACAGUUCAAAAUUUCAGAGAUAAAUUUUCAGUGGAAUGGGAUCACAAGUAAGAGGAAGGGUCAACAGUGGGGCAAAGAGAAGACAGCCUUUCAUAAAAGGAAUGAUCAGAAAAAAGAGAACCCGGAGUGUUCGGAUAUGCUGGUUAAUGAAGAAGAAGAAAAAGAAGAUCAAGAGAAAACUACUGUAGAUGUUCCUGUAGACUUUGAUAAGCUUAAGCCUUGUAGCACCUUACCCCAGGUAGGUGAUACAGUGGCAUAUCGUCUGGUCGAGUUAUCAGCAUCCUGGACUCCUGAACUCUCAUCUUUCCGGGUUGGAAAAGUAUCAAACUAUGAAUCUAAAUCUGAUAAGAUAACUCUAAUACAAGUUCCAGAGUAUCCAAUUGUUUUUGAGAAGAGAGAUGAGGAAUCUGAGCAACCAAAUGUGUCUCUCUAUGCAGAAGAUGGCUCUCUUGAGAUAGAUUAUUGGUCUCUUGCUGAUGUUCGAAUCAUCAAGUGUGAUGAUGCCAACUUAAACGCUGAUAAAGCUAAAUCAGUCUCAAAUGGGGUCUGCCAAGCGUCAAGUUCUAAGGUCAUCUUUAAGGAGAAAGCUAAGUCCGCAAUACCCAUCUCUGAUAAAGCCAAGUCCCCAGUACAAGGUAUCGGUGAGGAGAAAGCUAAGUCCUCAAUACCCAUCUCUGAGAAAGCCAAGUCCCCAGUACAAGAAAACGGGAAAGUGGACGUGUGGGAUGAAAUCUGCGAGAGCCUGAACGCAAAGAAAGCACAGCUAUCCCAGGAGAACAAUUGGAAUAAGAAAAAAGAUUCAGCGGGGAGCACAUCCAAGAGUUCAUCAUGGUCUUCUAGGUCUUUGAGAGGUAGUGCCGUGGGCCCAACAAUGGCUCGCUUAAGAGCCCAAAAGGAGCUGUGAGAUAAGGUACUACCGAGUAGUAAUGAUACUGAUAUUAUUUCUAUAGUCCAUCAACUUUUACUUGUCUUCUACUGGGUUGGUGUACCUAAAUUAUACUAAAUUCUAGUAAACAACAUUGACCUUUGUAAGCAACGAAAGGCCAAGUUUUUGAUUGUAUAUUUGGGUUGGCUGCUCAUUUUUGCUUAUUGCCGAAUGGGUUCAAUGUUUGAAACUUGGAAUU